GCCUUGCGUCUUAGCUGCACAGAUGAAAUGAAAAUCCCGCACCUGAGAGAUUGUUCUUGAUUCAAUAUAAGAUCUGUCUCACACUUUUGUCUAUUCUUACAGUAUUACAAUUGCAAUUAUCGCUACUGGGUCGCUGUCACCAUGGCGAGCUCCUUACCUGUCAAAGCUGUCGUCGAAUGUCCUCUCCCAGUCACCAUGGCGAGCUCCUUACCUGUCAAAGCUGUCGUCGAAUAUCCUCUCCCACCUGCUGCCCAAACCCACGAGGUCCUCGCUGUGGGCGAUAGGCUUUUAUUCAUCUCUCAGCAAACUGAUGGGAGUCUGGUCAAAGUAACGCUUAACAAAAAUGGACAACCUACCGAUGCCCACAAAUGGACCCCAACAAAUCAAUGGUCCGGUCUACACGGACUGGCACUAUACCGGGGAUCCGGAGGAAAUUGCCAUGUCCCCACCGUCUGGGCAACUGUCCAGUUCGACAAUGCUAUUCUCCAAAUUGACCCGAAAGUCCACGAUAUCAACUCGGAACCGCAGGUCAUAAACACCAUCCCCAUACCUUCGCCAGCGUUCGGGCCUCACGGCAUAUUGGGAAACAAGGGAAACCUAUGGAUAUCAUGCAAAGACAGCUCUCACGUGGUCAGAAUUAACAUCGACAACCCGAAUGAUUACCAAGUCUGGGCUGUCAGUAGACAGCCAAUCUUUGUUGCUGUACACCCUACUAGUGGGGACGUCUUCGCUAGUCUGGACCUGAGUAGCAAGAUCUGGCAUUACAAGAACGAUGGAGGGAAUGGCGAGGAGAUUGCGAUCCCUCCAGAGAAAGGGAGCACACCCGUCGGCCUGAUUGCCGGAGCAGAUGGUAACGUCUGGGUCGUCUUGUUGGGUAACGAGACUACAGGCACGGGUACAUUUGGACGCAUCAACAAAAACGCCUCUAUCGAUUGGUUCACCAUGUCCUCUGCUAUCGGCAGUACUGCACCUCUUAUCCACCUGGCAUUUGACCAAGAUCCAACGCGAUUCUGGCUACUGGGGUCAUCGAUUGCCUCCCCCUCUUCUCUCAAUGCCGUAUUCACCGUGAAAAUUGAUGAUAUAUCGACAAUUGGCACCGCAAUUCCGAGAAUUGCGAUACAAAACACGAUCGUGUUGCCCACCCAGAGGAGCUCGAAUCAUCGUAUAAUCUCUCACAGGGGAAGCCUAUACAUAACCGAGCUGACAACUUCGACACUUGCUCACGUAAGUGGAGCCGCCGUCAAUGGAUUGAGCGUCAGUGAGACUUGGGACCAGUAUUCGGACUAUGGUCUAGGUUUGAAACAGCAGGUCAUUGUUUAUAAUAAUGAUAUCUAUUGAGGGAUUAGAAUGCUGCCCUUGCAAGAAAUGGGGAAGCGAGGCAUGAUCGAGCAGAUGAGCCAGCCGGCCAACUCAUCGAAUUACCCAGUAACUUGAGUUACGUGGCCGUGCUCAGAUAGCGCGGCCUUUCCUUAAUGAAGACACGACUAAAGCGCGUCUCUUUGUACUUUGCUUCUCUUGUGCAAAGAGAAAUCUGUCUCCUUACACAACAUCUCAAUCCAUUACUUAAUUAGAUCCAUCGAAUCCGCUGAUAAUGACUAGCGAGAGUCAUUGUAGUACGGUUGUAAUGCCUGCAGCGAGGAGAACUUUCAUCCACACCGAGAAUAGUACGACUUACUCCUUGCUUUAUUAGCGAAGCAAGAACAACAGUAGCUAUUCGAAACAGUACAUUCACCCCAUCAGGG